AUGGCAACAAACGAAGCUUCUCGGUUGUCACCUGAGGAUAUGGUGAUUUUUUACAAACGUAAGGCGCAAUCAAUUUAUGCACAAGCGCAAUCGAUUGAACGGGCAAUCGAAGGCGAAAAAAUUAAUCCAUUCACCGAAGUAGAUUUAAAGGUACGGUUGGAGUGCCUCGAACAUAUUUCCAGCACGUUUAACUUGGCUCAUGACAGCUUAGAGGAGCUAAAUUUUGACGAAAUCGGCGGAGCACUGCGUUCAAAUUUUGAAGAGCUACUCCUUUUACUUCGGUGUCGUAUACGGCGUGAGAUUCAUAAACGUCAAUCUCAAAUGCCAUCCUGCUCAACCAUGCGGCACGAUCCGGUUUUGGAAGGGCAAACAGUUGUUUUGCAAAGUCGACCACGUUUGCCUGAGCUCAGACUGCCUACAUUCAGUGGAGGAUAUACGGAAUACACAGAUUUCUUUUCCUUGUUUUCAACCGUUAUAGACAAGGAUCCGGACCUCACGGAUGUCGAAAAGUUGCAGCACCUACGUUCAUAUCUGAAGGGUCCAGCUCUGGAUGCAAUUCGUUCGUUGGAGAUGAGUGGCAACAACUACUCUGUGGCUCUAGAUUUGCUUAACAAAAGAUUUAACAAUAAGCGUCUUAUUUUUCAGGCACACAUCACUGAGAUUAUGGGCAUCAAAAAGGUGGACACUUCUUCAGCGGUGAAGCUUCGUGAAUUAUCCGACAAGGUAAAUGCAAACCAGCGCGCUCUACGCACCAUGGGGAAUUCGGAGCAAAUAGCGGGGUGUAUAAUCGUACACACUCUUCUGCAAAAAGUCGACAGUAUCACGCAGGCAAAUUGGGAGGAAGCUGCGCCGUUAGAUCUCAUACCCUCAUGGGAGCAGUUUACAAAUUUCCUGGAGAAGCGUUGUCAAAGGCUGGAGAAUGUAGAACAUUCCAUGGCAGCGUAUACUCGUGGCUCACAGGUGGGAAAAAAUAGUAGAACUAUUAACCAUGGUAGAAAAUCAUUUAUUGCUACUAACAAUACAAACAAUUCAACCAAUGGCUGUGUUUUUUGCGACAACACAUACCAUGCUGUAUAUUCAUGCACCCGUUUUUUAAAUUUAUCUCCACAACUCCGUCUCAAGGAGGUCAAAAGGCUUGCUUUGUGUUUAAACUGCCUCAGAAAAGGCCAUCAGCUUCGAACGUGCAAUGCUGGUCUAUGUCGUACGUGUGGAUCCAAGCACCACAGUCUGCUACAUAUCGACUCCUCUUCUUCACCAAUGUCGUCACAAGGUCCUGCAUCUUCAGUGCAAGCAUCCUCCCAAUUAGCACCUCCAAACACCUCUAAGCUUGUUUCAACUUCAGUCGCACACCACACCUUGGCUGCAAUCUCACAAACAACGUCAAUUGUCACAUCUGCUCAGAAUCUCAGUCCUGAUGUUGUGCUUCUAGCCACUGCUGUCAUCAAUGUUAAGAACAGCGCAGGUACAUGGGUGCCAUGUCGUGCACUGCUCGACUCAGGGUCGCAGUUGCAUAUUAUAACGUCUCGUCUUGCUCAUCAACUGCAGUUGCGAAAAACCAAGUCAUCCACCUACGUAUCGGGUCUUGGUAAUGCAAACUUCGCCUCUGAUGGUUUGACUGUCAAUAUUACUAUUCAGUCUCAAAACUCGGAGUACUCUACCUGCAUUACAGCGUUGGUUGCUCCUAACAUAACGGACAAUCAACCCUCUUUUACUUUGGAUAUUUCUCAUUGGAAAAUACCGUCGAACAUUUGUUUAGCAGAUCGAGGAUUUUUCAAGUCGCAACGAAUAGACAUGCUUAUUGGAGCCAGCCUCUUCUAUGAUCUCUUAUGCAUUGGACAAAUAAAGUUAGCUCACGGUCUACCGUGCCUACAGAAAACUAGGUUAGGAUGGGUUGUAACAGGUGGUGAAUCGCAGCGGCAAAGGGGAGCGAUAUUGGCCGCACAGUCAUCACUUGACAUAGGUUACGAAUCCAAUGUUCAAAUUGAUCAACUAGUACGUAGAUUUUGGGAGGUUGAAAGUUGCUGUGAAUCUGUCGCCACAUACUCCAAGGAAGAGCUUGACUGCGAGGCGCAUUUUAAGGCCAAUUAUUUGCGUUUGUCUACAGGGAACUAUUCGGUCCGGCUACCAGCAAAAGUGAAUACUGAUCUCUUGGGCGACUCUUAUGAACAAGCGUUUCGUCGUUUUCUUAAUCUAGAGCGAAAAUUGGACCGCCACCCACAGCGGAAGGCCCAAUAUGCAGCAUUCAUACGGGAGUAUUUGAAUCUAGGACAUAUGUCACUGGUUACUAAGAACAAUCUGCGGUAUUGCAAAUACUUUCUGCCGCAUCACUGUAUUUUGAAGGAAGAGAGCACAACUACAAAACUCCGCGUUGUAUUCGAUGGCUCUGCGGUUUCAUCUUCUGGAUACUCGUUGAACGACUUGCUUAUGAGAGGACCCACCAUACAACCUAAGCUGUUCAACACAUUGCUUCGGUUUAGAACCUUUCCAAUCGCUUUGACGGGUGACAUAUGUAAGAUGUAUCGUUGUGUACGAGUCUCAGAGCCCGAUAGUUAUCUGCAGUGCAUCUUGUGGCGUGACUCCCCACAGCAGCCGGUCAACGUCUUUAAACUUGACACAGUCACUUAUGGUACAAGACCAGCUUCAUUCCUCUCAAUUCGUUCGAUGCACCAGUUAGCCAUUGAUGAACAAACUGUCUACCCCAUAGGCUCAAAAAUAUUAAAGCGCGAUUUUUAUGUCGAUGAUCUUAUUACAGGCGGUGAGUCCAUUCAAGAAGUCAAGGAAAUUAUGAGUCAAACUACAAAGCUGCUGGAAAAAGGAGGAUUCAAGUUGAGAAAGUGGUGCUCCAGUAAUCCUGAAUUGUUGCAGACGAUACCACCUGAUGAUCGAGAAACACUACUUAAGUUCGACGAUGGAAGCGAUAUAACUAAAACACUCGGUUUAACUUGGGAUCCUGCAUCAGAUUGCCUAUUGUUCGCGUUCUCACCAAUGCAGCCUUCAUCAAAACAUUGCAAGCGGUCCAUUUUGUCAACUAUUGCUCGUUUUUAUGACCCACUCGGUCUCAUCGGCCCUAUUAUUUCGAAGGCUAAAAUCUUUCUUCAACAAAUCUGGAAAGAAAGGCUUGACUGGGAUGAAAGUUUGCCUUCAUCACUACAUUCAUCGUGGCUUAGUUUGUGUGCAGAUUUUGGCCGCAUACCGCAAAUAAAGUUUCCCCGUUUGUCAAUCCAGCAGAAUGGCGCCUAUGAAAUUCAUGGUUUUAGUGACGCCAGCAUCGAAGCAUACGGAGCUUGUCUUUACGUCGUGUCAGUCAGUCAAGGAAGAAACCAGGCGCAACUGCUAUGUUCAAAAUCUCGUGUAGCGCCCUUAAAAACUCUUACGGUUCCAAGGCUGGAGUUGUGCGGUGCCUCCCUGUUGGCGCAACUCAUGCAUGAAAUAGCUCAAAUGAAACUUUUCUCGUGUCGAUAUUAUUGUUGGUCUGAUUCGACGGUGGUGUUAUCCUGGAUCCGCGACGAACCUUCAAGAUUUCAAAUCUUUACAGCUAAUCGCAUAGCCACUAUACAGGAGUUGACUGCGGGUAUGGAAUGGCGCUACGUGCCUACGAAGUUUAACCCAGCUGAUAUUUUAUCCAGAGGUGCAACCUCUAACGACCUCAUUAACUCAUCUCUAUGGCUGCAUGGACCGGAUUUUUUAGCUCAAGAUAAAAACAAUUGGCCAAACCCUUGCAGUCAACAUGUUUUUGGUUACAUUUAUAAGUUCCAAAAUCGCUUGCGGCUUUCUGGACUGACUGUUGAUUGCAUACGCCGUGGCACAAAACUACUCCUGCGCACCAUCCAAAGGCUUCACUUCAAAGAGGAUCUCAAAUGCCUUCGAGCCGGUCAAGAUGUGAAGGCAUCUAGUUGCAUUGCGUCGCUCUCACCAUUCAUCGAUAGUUGUGGAUUGCUUCGUGUGGGUGGACGACUGAAAAAUUCAGCGCUCGACUUCGAGGCGCAGCAUCCAGUCAUACUGCCGAGGCGUCAUCCUGUCACUCAGGCAAUCAUUAUGCAUUUUCAUAGGCGCAAUUUGCACGCGGGUCCUCGUUCCCUACUAGCAUACAUUCGGCUGCAGUAUUGGCCUAUUGGCGGACGAAAAACUGUUUCGAACGUUGUAAGCAAAUGCACUCUAUGCUUCCGAGCUAAACCGCACUUAGCGGAACAUAUUAUGGCUGAUCUUCCGGAAGAUAGGGUAAACUCAUCUUAUGCAUUUAUGGUCACAGGCGUCGAUUAUUGUGGACCAUUCCAUUAUAAAAACGAAAUACGCAACAAGCAACCCAUAAAAUGUUACAUUUGCAUAUUCAUAUGCUUUGCCACGAAAGCUGUGCACCUGGAGCUCGUAGCAGACUUAUCAACGAAGGCAUUCUUAAAUGCACUAAAGCGGUUCAUCCUAACGCGUUGUCGCCCCACUCGUAUAUGGUCGGACAACGCAACCAACUUUGUCGGCGCUAAGAAUGAGAUGGCAGAAUUAAAACGUUUAUUCCUGAGCGAUAAUCAUGUGCAAGCAGACUUUGGUGGGCUUUGGGAAGCGGCCGUUAAAACUGCGAAAUAUCAUUUUCAUCGCUCGGUGGGCUCGUCAUUAUUAAACUUCGAUGAACUGCGCACACUUAUUUGCCACAUAGCGGCAAUUAUUAACUCAAGACCUUUGUUUCCACUUUCAGAGAAUCCGGCUGAUUUAGACGUUCUAACUCCAGCUCACUUCAUUGGCACUGCUCCUAUCUCUACUUAUGUUGAACCAGAUGUCACGAAGAUUAACUUUAAUCGUUUGGAUCAAUGGCAGCGCGUAUCAUACUACCAGCAGAUAUUUUGGGCACGUUGGCGUGAGGAGUACUUAACUACCUUGCAGCAGCGCUCAAAGUGGCGCACACAGAAUUUCGAACUCUGCGUCAACGACAUAGUUUUAGUAAAGGACGAAAAUCUGCCUCCUCUCAAGUGGCCCCUAGCAAGAGUCACCGAACUAAUAUAUGGAUCAGAUCGUGUGGCACGUGUCGCUGUACUAAAAACUGCAAAUGGAGUCAUCCGAAGAGCCAUCCGAAAGCUAUGCCCAUUGCCAAGACAGGAUGAGGUUGAAAGCCCGAGUCUUCCAACGGGGGGAGGAUGUUUGGUUAUGCAGAAAGCAGCGCAGUCAGCGCAACCAACAUAA